GGAGGAGGGGGAGGGUACGGGCAGGACGGGGGAUACCGCGGGCGAGGAGGAGGAGGAGGCUAUGGUGGCCGUGGCGGUGGUGGUGGUGGCGGUGGGUACGACCGUGGAGGGUACGAGCGAGGUGGUGGAGGUGGGGGGUACGAGCGAGGUGGUGGCCGGGGCGGGCGCGGCGGAGGUGGCAUGAGCGCUGGUGACCAUAGCGGCUACGGUAAACCAAGUGACCAGGAUAACGCAGACAACAACACCAUCUUCGUCCAGGGCAUGGGCGACGAGGUCACCGUGGAGCAGGUGGCGGAGUUCUUCAAGCAGAUCGGCAUCAUCAAGAUCAACAAGCGCACGGGUAGCCCCAUGAUCAACAUCUACACGGACCGUGAGACCGGCAAGCCCAAGGGGGAGGCCACCGUCUCCUUUGACGACCCCCCCUCCGCCAAGGCCGCCAUCGACUGGUUCGACGGCAAGGAGUUCAACGGAGGCAAGAUCAAGGUGUCGUUUGCCACUCGCCGCUCCGACUUUGGCUCCAACUGGCGCGGUAGAGGUCGCGGGGGUGGGGACCGAGGGGGUGGGGACCGAGGGGGGGGUGGAGGUUUCGGGGGCCGUGGAGGAGGGGGAGGGGGACCCGGAGGCCCCAACGGGGGUCAGAGAGCCGGAGACUGGGACUGCCCCAACCCGUCGUGUGGCAACCAGAACUUUGCGUGGAGGAACGAGUGCAACAAGUGCAAGGCUCCUCGUCCAGACGGGGGAAGCUCCCCGGGCGGAGGAGACGGAUUCCGCGGGGGCCGUGGCGGUGGCUUUAGAGGCCGGGGGGGUGGCAUGGACCGGGGGGGCCGGGGGGGUGGCGACCGUGGGGGGUUCAGGGGGGGCCGGGGAGGCUGGAUGGGCGGUGGGGGCCCUGGCAAGAUGGACGGCCGAAGUGACUACCGCCACGAGCAUCGCGACCGCCCCUACUAGGAGCCCCCCUGGGUGGGAGUCUGGAAUCCAGAAUCCUGGGAGUCAAGAAUCCCGGGACCCUGUGAGUCCAGAAUCCCGGGAGUCAAGAAAACCUGGGACCCUGUGAGUCCAGAAUCCUGGGACCCUGGGAGUCCAGAAUCCCAGGACCCUGGGAGUCCAGAAUCCCUGGGACCCUGUGAAUCCAGAAUCCCGGGAGUCAAGAAUCCUGGGACCCUGUGAGUCCAGAAUCCCGGGAGUCAAGGAUCCCGGGACCCUGAAUCCAGAAUCCCGGGAGUCCAGAAUCCCGGGACCCUGUGAAUCCAGAAUCCCGGGAGUCCAGAAUCCCGGGACCCUGUGAAUCCAGAAUCCUGGGAGUCCAGAAUCCCGGGACCCCUGGGUGUCGUGCGCUGCCCGUGGUGCUGCACCCCCUUGUCCCACUCCGGAUUCCGGAACCCUCGUCCACUCCGGACUCUGGAGGCAAGCGGCCGGGAAGUAGGGGGGGGAGGGUGGGGGGAGGGGACGCUAAGUGGGGGGGAGGGGUGGGGGGUUGUGUUGUUGACGAGGGUUGUCGAGCAGGCAGAGGCGGCUUGUGGGGGUUGGGUAGCUGCCGCCAUCGUGAGUCGUGGUGGUUGAGGAGGUUGGUGGUGGUGGCUUGAUCGUCAUCGUGGUUGUGGGGUUUUUUUUUACGUGGGUUAUUCCGUUCGUGUGACUGUCGCGGGGGGUAAGGGGCCCAGGUCUGUGAAAGGGGGUUGUGGAGAUCAAUAAAGGGUCGAGUUUUAAGUUACCGUGA